GCACGCGCCCCCCUGCCUGUUGGAAGGUGAGCGCGCGCGAGGAGACCGAGAGAGAGAGAGAGAAGCGAGCGCGAGGACUCGAGACCGACUGGAUCACUUCGGAUCUUUUUUUUGUUUUAAAACCGAUUAAAAGUGAAGUUGAAGGUGCGCUCGGGCCCGGGGCGGGAACAGGACGCGUCCGGGGGGCAGUUUGUACCGAAAACUAGUCGGAAAUUCGACGGUGUUGGAGCGGGAUAGCGCCUGUGUGGAGUUUAAAUCCGUGAGGUCUUCCUCACUUGAUGCUGCGUUUUCUGAUGUGAAUUGAGGAAGAAUGGAGCGACAUGCUGCAGAUUAGCUAGAGGAUUAACUCUUGCUUUAGAGGACGUGUACAGUACACGUUUUCCUUUUCUCCUGUUUGUCCAUCUGUAAAUCAAACAUGGCCGACCCGGGAAUGAUGAGUCUCUUCGGAGAUGACGGGAAUUUAUUCUCGGAUGGUCUAGAAGGCUUAGGGGACUGUGGGUACUCCUCCCAAGGCCAAGCCAAUCCAAUGAACCAACAGAUGACUCAUGAGCACCAAGCUUACAGCCAGAUUCCUUCCUCCCUCCAUCUUGCCACACCUUCUGUUCCACCUCAGCCCAAAAUGGGGCACCACUUUGACCAUUUCGGCCAGUACGAUCCUCAAGGAGGACGGAUAAUGGCUAACGGUCCCAGUGCUGGCCCCGCUAACGGAAUUUCGUCUCCUCAUUCACGCUAUCAUGGAGGGAACGGCACAGCGGGUGGGCAUCACGUCUAUUCAGGUUCGCAGGGCGAUGGGAGAGGAGGCGCCCCUGGGACAGGACAGCCCUUCCAGGAUGGAGGAGCAGCCACACCUGGAAAUAAUUGGGGUCCUCAGGGGAUGCAGAUGCCAGACCAAAGUCGAGCCCAAUUUCCCCAGUCACAACAACAGCAGCAAGUUCAUGGCCACCAAAUUGGUCCGUAUGUGGGACGCGCUGAAUUUGGUGGAAUGCAAGGGCACACGCAGACUCCCACUCCGCCACGGAUGAACCACUUUCCACAGGGUUUGCCUCAGGACGCGAACCGUUUCAUGGGCCACAUGGGAGCCAAUAUGGCAUCUCCGGCCAUGCGGCAUCCGGCUCAGACUCAGCAUCAGCAGACGAGUCAGCAAUUCCUGCACCAUCACCCGGAGUCGCAGUUUCCCCAAAGUCCAUCAAAGCAGCAGCAGAUGAUGAGCACACGAGGCCACCAGAACAUGGGCUUCAGCAUGAACAACCAGCCAGUCGCUAACAGCAGCUCAGGUCAAUACGCCCCCUAUCCUCAGUACAGCAGCCUGAAUCAGGGACUAGCCGGCACUUCAGGGAUGAGCCUCAACACCAGCAGCAACCCCAAUGCCCCUGUGCAGUGUUACCCCACCCCGGCUGGGCCACAGUGUUACCCAGUCAACCAGUUACCCCCUCAGAAUAUGCACCAGACACAGUCCAAAAUCCCCCAGCCGCAGCAGCAACACCUCGCUCCCCCGCCGCCUCCUCAGGGAUCUUACGCCUCUCCGCCUUCCAUGUCGCCCAUGAGGAGCCUGGGGGGCAACCCUGCUGGAACUCCGCCCCCUCAGAGGGGCCAGGGUCCCAUCUCGCACCCUCAGCAACACCCUCAGAUGUAUGGAACCUUGUCGCCUAAUCACAGGGCGAUGAAUACGCCCAACCACGCAGAGGUUCUCCCUCAGCAGCUGCAGAACUCUACGCUGCAGUUCCCGCAGGUGCAGCAGGUGAGAACUUCCCCUGCGCUCUCCGUGCCCCAGCAGCCCCCGGGCUUAUCUCCACCACCACUCCCGCAGGGCAGCUGGCCCUCCAACACACACUCGUCACCACCAGCUAACCACCACCAAGUGCCUCACGUCCAGCAUUCUCCAUCAGAUGGUCUCCAAUCAUCAUGCUCCGCCCCCAUGCCCCCCCCUCAACAGGGCAGCUGUGAGACUCAGCCCCCUGAUGCCGAGCCCAAGCCCAAGAAAAAGAAGAAAAAGAAAGUGAAGGCGGGCGAGCAAGCGGAUAGGGAGACGGGCGAAGGCGUCGGCCUGGGCGGGGCAUCAGAGGGCAACGGAGGUGAUGAAGUUACAUCUCCACCAGAGAAGAAGAGCAGAAAGAAACCAAAGGAGGGCAAGGAGGCGAAAGAACCCAAGACUCCCAAAACCCAGAAAACCCCCAAAACUCCCAAAGAGCCCAAGGAGAAGAAGGAGAAGAAGACCACGCCCAAACCCAAGAGUGCCAAGAAGCCCAGCAGUAAGAAGGCCGACACUGAGAUCAGCACUAAGAAGGAAGGAAAGAGAAAGAGGGAGUCGUCAGUCACGUCGGAUACAGAGAAGACUCCGCCCCCAUCCCCGGAGGAGGAGGAUGAUGACGGGGUCCAGAAGCGGCGGUCGAGUCGACAGGUGAAGAGGAAGCGCUACACUGAGGAUCUGGAGUUCCGGAUCUCAGACGAUGAGGAUGAUGAAGAUUCUGCAGGACCCAAAUCUCCUUCUACCACCUCUGAACAAACUGAGGUACCUGAUGCUGAUGGUCCGGUGGUGGAGAAGAUCAUGGGGCUGCGUAGAGUGAAGAAGCAGCUGGAGUCGGGACAGGAAGUGGAGGUCGAGGAAUUUUACGUCAAGUUCAAGAGUUUCUCGUACCUGCACUGUCGCUGGGCUGAUCUGGAGGAGCUGGAGAAGGAUAAGAGAAUCCAGCAGAAAGUGAAGCGCUUUAAAGCCAAGCAGGCUCACAGUAACUUCCUCACCGAGAUGGACGAUGAGCCGUUUAACCCCGACUACGUUGAGGUGGACCGAGUCCUGGACGUGUCUGAGAGCACAGAUGAAAAUGGAGAGCCGGUGAGCCUGUACCUGGUGAAGUGGUGUUCCCUGCCGUAUGAGGACAGCACGUGGGAGCUGAAGGCCGACAUCGACGCGGGGAAGAUCGAGGAGUUUGAGCGCGUGAUGAGUCGAGAGCCGCAGCUGAAGCGUGUGGAGCGACCUCCGGCGAGCGACUGGCAGAAAUCCCAGAGUUCCCGGGAAUAUAAAAACAGCAACGCUCUCAGGGAAUACCAGCUGGAGGGACUGGACUGGCUCCUGUUCAACUGGUACAACACACGGAACUGUAUCCUGGCGGAUGAGAUGGGUUUGGGGAAGACGGUGCAGUCCAUCACCUUCCUGUACGAGAUCUACCUGAAGGGGAUCCACGGCCCGUUCCUGGUCAUCGCCCCCCUCUCCACCAUCCCCAACUGGGAGCGGGAGUUCCGCACCUGGACCGAGCUCAACGUGGUGGUGUAUCACGGCAGCCAGGCCAGCCGCAGGACCAUCCAGGCCUACGAGAUGCACUACAGGGACCCUCAGGGUCGUGUGAUAAAGGGGGCCUAUAAGUUCCACGCCAUCAUCACCACGUUUGAGAUGAUCCUGACAGACUGUCCGGAGCUGCGCAGUGUGCCGUGGCGCUGUGUGAUCAUCGACGAGGCUCACCGUCUCAAGAACAGGAACUGUAAACUACUGGAGGGACUCAAGCUCAUGGACAUGGAACACAAGGUUCUCUUGACAGGAACCCCACUGCAGAACACUGUGGAGGAACUGUUCAGCCUCCUGAACUUCCUGGAGCCGGACCGCUUUCCUUCAGAGUCCACCUUCAUGCAGGAGUUUGGAGACCUUAAAACUGAAGAACAGGUUCAGAAGCUGCAGGGAAUCCUCAAACCCAUGAUGCUGCGGAGACUGAAGGAGGACGUGGAGAAGAACCUGGCCCCGAAAGAGGAGACCAUCAUCGAGGUGGAGCUCACCAACAUCCAGAAGAAGUACUACAGGGCCAUCCUGGAGAAGAACUUCACCUUCCUGUCUAAGGGAGGGGGAGGGGGAGGGGGAGGAUCGAAUGUCCCCAAUCUCCUCAACACCAUGAUGGAGCUGCGCAAGUGCUGCAACCACCCCUACCUCAUCAACGGAGCGGAGGAGAAGAUUAUGGAGGAGUUUAGGGAGAGCCACCCGGCAGAUCUGCUGGACUUCCACCUGCAGGCGAUGAUCCAGGCGGCGGGAAAGCUGGUGCUGAUCGAUAAGCUCCUCCCCAAACUGAAGGCCGGCGGACACCGCGUGCUCAUUUUCUCCCAGAUGGUGCGCUGCCUCGACAUCCUCGAGGAUUACCUCAUCCAGAAACGGUAUCCGUACGAGCGUAUAGACGGCAGAGUGAGAGGGAAUCUGCGUCAGGCUGCUAUUGAUCGUUUUUCCCGUCCUGACUCGGACCGUUUCGUCUUCCUGCUGUGCACACGGGCGGGGGGGCUGGGCAUCAACCUGACCGCCGCCGACACCUGCAUCAUCUUUGACUCGGACUGGAACCCACAGAACGACCUGCAGGCCCAGGCUCGUUGUCACCGGAUCGGUCAGAGUAAAGCGGUGAAGAUUUACCGCCUGAUCACCAGGAACUCGUAUGAGAGGGAGAUGUUUGACAAGGCCAGUCUGAAACUGGGGCUGGAUAAAGCCGUGCUGCAGUCCAUGAGCGGGAGAGAGAACGCUGCUAACGGGGUUCAGCAGCUGUCGAAGAAGGAGAUUGAGGAUCUGCUGCGUAAGGGAGCGUACGGAGCGCUGAUGGACGAGGAGGACGAGGGGUCCAAGUUCUGUGAGGAGGACAUCGAUCAGAUCUUACAGAGACGCACUCAGACCAUCACCAUCGAGUCCGAGGGCAAAGGCUCCACCUUCGCUAAGGCCAGCUUCGUGGCGUCUGGGAACAGGACGGACAUUUCCCUGGAGGAUCCAGACUUCUGGCAGAAAUGGGCCAAGAAAGCCGAGCUGGACCUGGACGUCAUCCACGGCAGGAACACUCUGGUGAUCGACACGCCGCGGGUGAGGAAGCAGACCCGGCACUACAGCUCCAUAAAGGAGGAUGAGAUGAUGGAGUACUCGGAGCUGGAGAGCGACUCUGAGGAGAGGCCGGUGCAGAAGGCUCGGCGGCCGCAGGACCGCGCUCAGGGAUACCCCCGCAGCGAGUGUUUCAGGGUGGAGAAGAACCUGCUGGUUUAUGGGUGGGGACGGUGGCGGGACAUCCUGUCUCACGGGCGGUUUAAGCGUCCUCUACAUGAGCGUGAUGUGGAGAUGAUCUGCAGAGCGCUGCUGGCCUACUGUCUCCUCCACUACAGAGGAGACGAGAACAUCAAGAGCUUCGUCUGGGACCUGAUCACUCCGACUGAGGACGGGCAGAGCAAAACACUAACCAACCACUCAGGACUUUCUGCUCCUGUGCCGCGAGGGCGUAAAGGGAAGAAGGGGAAGGUACUGACGACGCAGACCAACGUGCCUCAGGCUGAUUGGCUGGCUGAGUGUAAUCCAGAUGUGCUGCUGCAGGAGGACAGCUACAAACGGCACCUCAAACACCACUGCAACAAAGUUUUACUGCGGGUCCGGAUGCUCUACUAUCUGAGACAGGAAGUGAUCGGGGACUUGGCAGACCGAAUCCUGGAGGGAGCUGAUUCCAGUGAGCUGGAUAUCUGGAUCCCGCAGCCGCUCCAUGCUGAAGUCCCCACUGAUUGGUGGGAUGUGGAGGCUGAUAAAUGUCUCCUCAUUGGUGUGUUUAAACACGGUUAUGAGAAGUAUAACUCUAUGCGAGCCGACCCGGCGCUGUGUUUUUUGGAGCGAGUGGGAAUGCCGGAUGCCAAAGCCAUCGCCGCCGAGCAGAGGGGAGCGGACAUGGUGGCAGAUGGUGAGGAUGAAGACCCUGAGUAUAAGCCACUGCGUAUGCCCUUUAAAGAUGAUCUGGAUGAUUUCACUAACUCCCCUCUGGAUGAUAAAGAGGAGGUGAUGGAAGUGGAACAUGUUGAAGUUCCUAAGGCGAGUGAGAACGGGGGUAAAGCCGGGAACCUGUACUGGCCUGCAGCUUCGGCUCUCACCGCCCGCCUGCGUCGCCUCAUCACCGCGCACCAGCGCUGCCACAAGAGGCAGGAGGCACUAAUUAAACCGGACAGACGCAGACGCCGGUGGCACCGUGACGAGCACCUCCUCACCAUGGCGACCGAGGGCGGGGCUUAUAGUCUGGAGCCCAGUAGCGUGGCUGCAGCGACGUAUCUGGUUGAAGGAGCUUCGUUUGCUCCGUUCCUGCACGACGGCGCCCCCCUGUUGGCCGACGGAGCCGCCUUCUCUAGGGAGAGACGUCAGAGAUGGACGAGGCGUGAGGAGGCGGAUUUCUACCGUGUGAUUUCUACAUUCGGAGUGGUGUAUGAUGUCCAGAGGCAGUGUUUCGACUGGGCGCAGUUCCGGGCCUUCGCUCGUCUCGAUAAGAAGACGGAUGAGAGCCUGGAGAAAUAUUACUACGCCUUCGUGGCCAUGUGCAAGCGUGUGUGUCGGAUGCAGGUCAAAGACUCGGUAGAGUUGGCCGACCCCACGCUGAUCAUCGACCCGAUCACAGAGGAGCGAGCCUCCCGCACUCUCUACCGUAUUGAGUUACUGCGGCGGAUCCGGGAGCAGGUCCUGCCCCACCCACAGCUGGAGGAGAGACUGCGCCUGUGCCAGCCGAGCCCCGACCUCCCGGCCUGGUGGGAAGCGGGAAAACACGACCGGGACCUUCUCCAGGGAGCCGCCAAGCACGGGGUGAGUCGCACAGACUACCACAUCCAGAACGACCCGGAGCUCGGCUUCCUGCAGGCCCAGCGCAAGUUCCUCCAGAGCCGAGGAUCCGACCCGGGCCUGACCUCCAACCCGCUCGCCGCCGUGGAUCUGAUCAAAGACGAGGACCUGAAGGACGAGCUCAAAGACGACACUGCAGAGAAGGUGGACACUGAGGACGUGAAGGAGGAGAAACCAGAGGCUGUCUCACCCAAACAGCAAGUGAAGACUGAGGAGGAAGAGAAGAAUCUGAAAGAGGAGAAAAUGGAGAAAAAAGACGGGCCGGAAGUGAAGAGCGAAGAAAGUCAGGGCAUUCCUCAAACGGACGAAGAGGAGAAGGUCGCGGAGUCCGAGGACACGCCCGCACUUCCUGUUCCUGUUAGCAAAGAUGUGAGCACGGAGGAGCCGGAAAACCUGACGGAGAGCUGUAAACCCAAUACUGAGGAGGAAGAGGAGGAGAAGAUGGAUGAAGAUGAUAAAUCUGAGAAAUCAUCACAGGCUGAAGUGGGCGUGUCCUCAGACAGGAAGAACUUUGACGAAGAGAGCAACGCCUCCAUGAGCACGGCGCGAGAUGAGACGCGGGAUUACUUCGGCCUGGACGACGUCGAGCCCUCGGUGUCUCAUUCAUUUGGAGAGCGAGCUGCGUUUUCCUUCUGGCCAAAGGACCGGGUAAUGAUCAAUCGGAUGGACAACAUCUGUGAGGCGAUCAUCAAGGGCAAGUGGCCGUCCAAUAGGAGGCAGUACUUCGACCUGCCUGGCCUGUUGCCUGGAUAUGCUGCCAUGGCAACGGACAGCCCUUUGCCCAGGAGGAGCAUGGGAGAGUUCUCUGUGAUGAAUCAGAGCAGCUACAGCGGGAGUGAUGACAUCACCAUGUCACCCCAGAUCAAUAAGGACGAGGCUCUGAGUCUGUCUGUUCCUCGUCAGCGGAGACGCAGGAGGAGGAAGGUGGAGAUCGAGGCUGAGCGAGCCGCUAAGAGGCGUAAUCUGAUGGAGAUGGUCGCGCAGCUCCGUGAGUCUCACGCUGCAGAGGGUCAGGCUCGAGCUAUGGACCUCACCAAAACUCUUCAUGGUCUGGCUCCUUCCUCCUCUGCCUCCUCUUCCUCCUCGGUGUUCCCCGGCUCCGUGGCUUCCCCGAUGGAGCUGCUGCAGGCGGCCGGGGCCUCCAGGGCCAACGGAGCCGUGCUGGAGGCUGAAAUUCCCACACGGAGGAGGAGAGGACGCAGGAAAAACGUUGAGGGCCUCGAGCUGCUCUUCAUGGGCAAUAAGGGUUCGCAGCUCAACAAGGACGAUUCAAACGGGACCAAAGGUUUUGCAGACGGGACACAGGUGCCAGCUCGGGCACCGAGACGCAUUCCGGUUCCUGCACAGAAAGAGGAAGGGGAGGAUGGGGCGAGCACUAAGGACCUACAGGAGUGGCUUAGACAGCACCCCACCUACACCAUGGACGUGCCUGGAUACAUACCAAAGAGCGAGGAGCUUCUCCUCUCACAGUUGGGGAAACCCAAGCAGAAGAGACAUCGCUGUCGAAACCCAAACAAGAUCGACAUCAACACACUGACGGGGGAGGAGAGGGUGCCAGUGGUCAACAAGAGGAACGGCCGAAAGAUGGGGGGCGCUAUGGCUCCUCCGAUGAAGGAUCUGCCCCGAUGGCUGUCUGAGAAUCCAGAGUUCGCCGUCGCUCCAGACUGGACCGACAUCGUCAAACAGUCUGGUUUCCUGCCCGAGUCCAUGUUCGAUCGUCUCCUGACCGGUCCGGUGGUCCGAGAGGAGGGUGUCCGGCGCCGGGGACGAAGACCUAAAUCGGAGAUCGCUAAAGCGGCCGCCGCUCAGGCCUCUCUCUCUGUAGCUUCUGCAGCCUCUACCUCGGGGGUGAACCCCUUCCUGCUGAACGGCCUGUUUGGGGGAAUGGACCUAAGUAGCCUGCAGAACCUACAGAACCUGCAGAACCUUCAGCUCCUCAUGGGCUUAUCUCCUUCUCUGGCUGCAGGAGCUGCAGAUAACAAGAACGCCGCCACCAUGCUGCCCCUCAUGCUUCCCGCCAUGGGGGCCCUGCCUAACGUCUUUGGCCUUGGAGGGCUAUUUGGGGGCAACGUGGCGGCCGCCGCCGCUGCUGCUAACUUAACCCCGAAUGCAAAUGCCACCGCCAGUUCAGAGUCUGAGGAGACCAAGAAAGAUGGAGAAGCCAAGGAAGAAAGUGAGGAGAAGAAGGAGGAGGCGGAGAAACCAGUCGAGGCCGAGUCGAGUGACGCCAACGUAGCGGCCGCAGCUGCCGCCGCCACCGCAGCGUCUAAUCUUUCUGCCAAUCAUCUGGCGUUCAACCCGUUCCUGCUCUCCACCAUGGCUCCGGGACUCUUCUACCCCUCCAUGUUCCUGCCCCCUGGCUUGGGCGGUUUGGGGCUGCCCGGCUUCUCUCCCGCGGCUCUCACCGAGCUCCAGAACGCCAUGAGCGGCGCUUUAGGAGGCGCCGGAGAAGAGAAGGAGGCGGACAAGGAGACUGUGCAGAACCCGGACGCGGGGAACCCCAGCAGUGCUCUGGAGAACAGCGACUCCGAGGAGGGCGAGGACAAAACCGAGGAUCUGACCGGAGCGGGUGAGGAACUGGACUCCAUGGAGGCGGAGGAGGAGGAUGAGGAGGGGGAGGAGGAUGAGGAGGAGGAGGAGGAGGUUGGAGAAGAUGAGGAGGAUAAGAGUGACUGAAGAGCCGAAACCACCUGACUGACUUCCUGCCUUUUACACUGAGGGCUUUUAAAGAAAAACUCUACUGAUUUCUCAAACACAGAACUUUUAUGUAAUUUUGGUUUAGUUUUGUUGACAGGUAAACAAAAUCAUAAUGAGGGAACACAACGAUGAUGUCUCUGCAGGACUCCACACACACACACACACACACACACACAAUGAGGCGGUAUUGGGUGUGUGUGUGUGUUGCCUGUGGUGUCGCGCUUUAGAGAGGUGAUGACUGAAACAUCCCGAAUCCUGUCGUUAGGACUGAGGAAGUUCUGAUAGUGCUGUGCUGCUUCUUUCUGUUCAGUGUGUUUAUUCUCUCUCUCUCUCUCUCUCUCUCUCUCUCUCUCUCUCUGCUGUCGAUGUUGUAAACGGUGAGUGAGGAGCAUCUCAAGGAAGAAGGUUCAGCAGCGUAGCGUUUUUAAACAGCAUUAAGACGAGCGACUCGAGCUGCUGAAAAUGGAGUUGAAAAGUGAUUGAAAUGAGGAUUUAGUUUUUUUCGUACUGUUCUGCUGAGGGAUGAAGUUCUCACAUAUCAUAGCGAACACUCGGACUGUUCAAGUCUCUCACACUGACAAUCUAUACGGGUGAGGAGACGCUCGGCCUGUGGAGACAGCAAUAACCGAAGGCAGCUCCUGAAUGUUCCACUUUACCACAGUGUGUGUGUGUGGGGGGGGGGGGGGGGGGAAGUGAGUGAGUGUGUGUGUGUGUGUGAGAGAGAGGGGGGGGGUGGUGUUUCAGAAAACGGACGUGUCAUGACUUAUUGCGGUCGAAUUGUCUCAUAACGAUCUCCACGUUGAUGCACUGGUGUAAGGAUGAAAUCAGGUACCUUUAUCUAUUUGAAUGGACUUUUUGUUACUUUAGCCACCAAGAUGAACAGCAUUACCUCAAUUCUAAACUUAGCCUUGAAGUUUACAGACAUAAAUGUUGUAAAUGUUAUUGUUUUCCCUUUAUCUUUUGUGUCUCUUCAUAUUUUUUUCUCUUUUUUUUGAAACAUCAUGUAUGAUGAACUGUAAAUGGCUGCCAACUGUAGUAAUGAUGCUUUUAAUAAAAGUGACUCAUGAUAUUCGCAUAGAAACCCAA